CAAUCCACUAAGCCCAUUUUGGUAAUUUUAAACACCUCCUUCCUCAGCGCCCCGCGGUUUCAGACACGAGUCUUGUGGAAAUCUCGUUUAUGUAACUCUCUUUUUCUCUCUCAUCUGCUCUACUUCCGUUGACCAAAAUGGGUAACUGCAAUGGCAUGCCGUCUAACCGUACCCAGAUUCCCUCCGACACUACCACCGCCGCUUCCGGGCCCGCUGCUUCCAAGUCCCCCACUCAACCGUCCUACGGCUACAAUCAUACCGCCGCCGGAAACAGCCGACUUUCCGGCGUAUGCGCAUCUGGCGUCGCUGCAACUCCACCAAUCGGCCGCGUGCUGGGCCGACCUAUGGAGGAUGUACGCUCCACCUACAUCUUCGGCCGGGAGCUCGGGCGCGGGCAGUUCGGUGUGACGUACCUCAUCACUCACAAGGAAACCAAGGAGAAGUUUGCUUGCAAGUCAAUCGCCACCCGGAGGCUAAUCCACCGUGACGACAUCGAAGAUGUCCGUCGGGAGGUUCAGAUAAUGCACCACCUUACCGGCCACCGGAAUAUAGUGGAGUUGAAGGGGGCAUACGAGGACAGGCACUCGGUGAAUUUGGUGAUGGAGCUGUGCGAGGGAGGAGAACUGUUCGAUCGGAUCAUAGCCAAGGGGCAUUACUCGGAAAGAGCCGCCGCGAAUCUGUGUAGACAGAUCAUGACUGUUGUACACAACUGUCACUCUAUGGGAGUGAUGCAUAGAGACUUGAAGCCUGAGAAUUUUCUCUUCUUGAGCAAGAACGAGGAUUCUCCCUUGAAAGCUACCGAUUUCGGACUCUCUGUCUUUUUCAAGAAAGGAGAUGUCUUUAGGGACCUUGUUGGAAGUGCAUACUAUGUUGCUCCCGAAGUGCUGCGGCGAAAUUAUGGACCCGAGGCUGAUAUCUGGAGUGCUGGGGUGAUACUUUACAUUCUUCUUAGUGGGAUUCCACCAUUUUGGGGAGAGAAUGAACAAGGUAUUUUUGAUGCUAUUCUUCGGGGCCAUAUUGAUUUCUCAUCCGAUCCUUGGCCUUCCAUAUCCAGUAGUGCCAAAGAUCUUGUGAAGAGGAUGCUAUGUGCUGAUACUAGAGAACGACUUUCAGCAGUUGAAAUCCUAAAUCACCCGUGGAUGAGAGAAGAUGGUGAUGCAUCGGAUAAGCCUCUUGAUAUUGCUGUUUUGAGUAGAAUGAAACAGUUCAGGGCAAUGAACAAACUCAAAAAAGUAGCUCUAAAGGUUAUUGCAGAAAACCUUUCUGAAGAAGAAAUUAUGGGGUUGAAGGAAAUGUUCAAAUCCAUGGACACUGAUAACAAUGGAACAAUCACCUACGAGGAGUUGAAAGCUGGUCUUCCAAAACUGGGUACCAAGCUUUCUGAGGCUGAAGUGAGGCAAUUAAUGGAAGCGGCCGAUGUGGAUGGAAAUGGAACAAUUGAUUACAUCGAGUUUAUAACAGCCACUAUGCACAUGAAUAGAAUGGAAAGAGAGGACCACUUAUUCACGGCCUUUCAGUAUUUUGACAAGGACAAUAGCGGAUAUAUUACGAAGGAAGAAUUGGAGCAAGCAUUGAAGAAGUAUAAUAUGGGCGACGAGAAAACAAUAAAAGAGAUUAUUGCGGAAGUAGACACUGAUAAUGAUGGAAGAAUUAACUAUGAGGAAUUUGUAGCUAUGAUGAGAAAAGGCAACCCAGAAUUGGUCACCACCCGGCGCCGCAAAUAAAGGUCAACGUAGUUGACAUAUUUGAUAGCUUAAAUUCAUGGAAUUGUUGUUUAAAAGAAAAGAAUAAUAGGUUUAUUGAAUAUCUGAUUCAUGUGAGCUUUAUCUAUCACUGGAAUCAUGGUUUUGCCCUGUACCAACUUCCCUUGAUGAGCAGCCAAUGAUGGGUCAGACAUGGAUUGGCUCAUGGUGCUGCGGGAGAAUGUAAUUAUAUAUCUUGAGGUGAGGCGGAGUUCUUCACGGAUUGUCUUGGAGUGUAAAUGAGACUAAAAUUGUUUCA